GUUGAGAUCAAGGGCACAGGAGAGUCGUUCACCAUCAACAAGGAUGUGCUUUGUCGUCAAUCGACUUACUUCAAGGCUGCUCUUAACGGUCAAUGGUUGGAGGCGAAGACGAACAAGUUCUUGCUGGAAGAACGCAUUGACCUGUUCCGCAUCUUUUACUAUUGGCUCGAGAAGAUCAACCUAGACUUUCUGCCACCCAAUCUCUGGCUCGACUCCGCUGAAGAUGUCUCACGCGCUUUUGUCGAGAUCUGCUCCUUCGCCGACCGCAGAGGCGUGCCAGUCCUGGGUGACCAGAUUCUUCACAAGUUCGACAAGCAUAUCAGACCCGAAGGAGUGCCUGUCCGCCUUGACGUUGAAAUCAUCAACCUAGCUUGGAAGCAAUGCCCCGAGACAUCUGGACUCUGUCGUUAUCUUUUGGCCAUCGAGCGUGACGCUAACAGAUGCAACUUGCCUAAGCGCUCAGGCAGCGAGUAUGAGUGUCUCCCUGGAGACUUCAUUGCUGGCCUUUUGAAGCUCACUGAAGACGACAUGGAAUGGUGGCUCACUGCAACAGUGCAGAAGCAGCCAGUGGACAUGGCAAAGCUCCACGAGCAAGUGAAGUCUAAAGGCUUCUCAACUGCCACAGUCAGCGGCUGGGGCAGCAUCUGCAAUGCUAUGGGUAUUAAAGCACCUGCAGGUUGUGAUCAAGGAAAAUUGCAGGCCCACCUUAGAGCCUUGUACAGAAAAUGGAUGCGUCCUUGGGACUCCACGCUUACCACUUUUGGCAGAAAGGAAGCUGAAGAAGAAUGCCCAAGACCUUUCGUCAAGGAAUUCUUCCACAAUGCCGUGGCUGUCAAGAGAACCAAACUCAAGCCUGUUCCUGAUCACAAUCAACACCUACGAGCAAUCAAUGGCUACCGCGAAGAAUGA